UCUGAUCCCUUGCCGGUUCCAACAUGACAAUAAAAUUAUCCGAUGGCCGUGCCGGGCUCAAGCACUCACUGGGAAAGCACCAAGAACUCAGUACGAUCGUGGACAAGCACGCGACAACAUGUUGAUUCUGAUCAUGUGAGCGAGAUUCGAUGUGCAACGGCGCUGGGAAGGGAAGGGAAGGGUUAAUUAGGGUUUUCCAAAGAUUUGGUGUUGAUAUUUAUAUCUUCGGAUCGAUGGAAUAAAUAGGUCGAUGGAUUGACUGUGAGGCGGGAAGGUCGCGUCUUUCGUCACCCGCACAAAAGCUUUGCUUAUUCCAUCCCUCUUUGGCCCUUCAAGAAUUUAGUAGGGUUUUCUUGUUCUCCGUUUCCAGCCCUCGCGCUCGGUCCUCUCCUCGAUUUUUCUUUUUGGUGGUGCCCGUCCCAUCCCGAACGGCUAGGGUUUUAGAGAGGAGAGAAGGAGGAGUUGAUGUCGAUGGAUCUGGUUUUGUUGGACGAUAUCAUACGGCGACUUCUGGAGGCCAAGGGCGGGAGGACUGUUAAGAAUGCACAGCUGACCGAUGCGGAGAUCCGGCAACUGUGCGUCGCCUCCAAGGAGAUCUUUGUCGGUCAGCCCAAUCUUUUGGAGCUCGAGGCCCCCAUCAAGAUCUGUGGAGAUGUUCACGGCCAAUAUAUUGAUCUUCUUAGGCUUUUUGAAUACGGUGGGUACCCACCGGAAGCAAAUUAUCUGUUCCUUGGGGACUAUGUUGAUCGUGGUAAGCAGAGCAUCGAAACCAUAUGCCUGCUCCUUGCAUACAAGAUCAAAUAUCCAGAAAACUUCUUUCUUCUACGGGGGAAUCAUGAAUCUGCAUCCAUUAACCGUAUAUAUGGCUUUUAUGAUGAGUGCAAGAGAAGAUAUAAUGUUCGUUUGUGGAAAGUUUUUACAGAUUGUUUUAACUGCCUUCCAGUUGCUGCGCUUAUUGAUGGUAAGAUACUUUGCAUGCAUGGGGGUCUAUCUCCUGAGCUAGAGAGUUUAGAUCAGAUUAGAAAUAUUGCUCGUCCAGUGGAUGUACCAGACCAAGGUCUCCUUUGUGAUUUGCUAUGGUCAGACCCUGACAGAGGUAUAGAUGGUUGGGGUGAAAAUGAUAGAGGUGUUUCUUAUACUUUUGGACAUGACAAGGUCACUGAGUUUCUUCAAAAGCAUGAUUUGGACCUUAUCUGCCGAGCCCACCAGGUUGUGGAAGAUGGCUUUGAGUUCUUUGCAAAACGCCAGCUAGUGACAAUAUUCUCUGCUCCAAACUACUGUGGUGAAUUUGAUAAUGCUGGUGCUAUGAUGAGUGUAGAUGACACUUUGACUUGCUCAUUUCAGAUUCUUAAACCAGCUGACAAGAAAAAAGGGUUUGGAAAUAAUUUGUUAAAACCAGGAACACCUCCCAGAAAGCUAGCUGGUUGAAUUAUUUUUGGUGUUUCUCGUCAUAGAAUUGUCUGGAGUAUGGUGGAUAAAUACAUGCGCAAUAUGCUUCAGGAGUAAGGAGUUGCAAGCAUCCUACACUGACUUUGAUCGAGUGCCAAUUGUGUAAAAGUUAUUUGCAAAGAAUAUGCUGUGCUCAUAGUGUGCUGUGUUUGUCUAAUUAGCUUUUACCGGUAUUGUUCCUGUAUCCCAUCGCAUUGUCAAACAAAAUCUGAUUAUGAUUGCUCUCAUUUUUCUAGAUACGCUCUGAUUGUCAUGCUUAUUAAAAGACAACCUUUGGAACCUGUAAAAUUUUCACCAGUGAUUAACAUUCUCAGAAUCUACUGCUUGAAAUGCACCCAUGUCUUGGCUAAAGCCGAAGGAUA